UGUGUGGUGUGUGGUGUGUGUGUGUGAGUGAAAUUACUCUCUAAUUAGGCUAUUCACUCGCAUUGUUUUCUGGACAGAGCGACCUGAUUUGUCUAAGAGGGGCACAGUCUUGAACAGCACGUACACUUUGCGUUCUCCCACAAGAUACCAUGUGACUGACGAUAGACAGGAAAUCAUGGUGGUCUGAAACUAAGUUUUGCUGGAAGAGGAGGGUCUAUGGCUGCCUCCACAACGUUUACUGUGUGGUUUCUGUGCUCAUUUUAGCAGUGAGAAGCUUACACCUUAAACAUUUCUAGGCUCGUUUGUGAAAGAGGGCACUGCUUGUAAAAUGACCAGAUCCUCUGCAUUGGGAAACUUUCUGAAAGGAGAUACAAAGGCACUGGGGACAGUGCAAAUAAUGAUUGGAGUGCUGUACGUGUUAUCUGGCAUCGCAAUGGCCAUCUCUGCUGGAUGCCCUGAUGGUUACCUUGUGCUUGUUUUCUUUGGAGGACUUAUUUACACUUCCUCGGGAGCUUUGAGUGUUGCUGCUAACAACAAUCUCAACAAAUGCCUGGUGAGAGGAGCGCUCGGGAUGAAUAUCAUCAGCACCAUCACUGCUGGCAUUGCAGUAAUCUGUUUCUCUCACUUCACUGCAUAUCUAUUGAGCAUUCGCCACUCAGUUUUCAAUAUCUUUCAGUUGUCACAGGCAGGGUCACAGGAGAUAAUAGGAGUGCUGCUGGUUUUCUCCAUCCUGGAGUUCAUCAUCUCCAUCUGUGUGUCAGCAUUUGCCUGCAGAGCAGUGUGUAGCUGCCCACAGAGAUGACAAUUUCACCCAUUUUGGACCAAACUGUGAUGGGCAGCAUGCAAACAGAGAUGCAAGACCUUCAAGACAAAAAAUUAUAUUCGGAUUUUCAAUAUAAAUAACAGACAUAGAUUAGCUACUUUGUCUUUAUCACCUUUCAUAACUUUCCAUUAUACAUUUUUUUACAUUUCUUUUUUACAAAAUAUCUUGUUAUGUAUAUUACCAAUUAUAUAAAGCAGGGCCUCCUUACAGUUAGGAUGG